AGGCACAAUGGUGACCAUUGAAGGCCCCAGAUUCAGCAGUAAAGCAGAGAGCAAAAUGUUCCGCCAGUGGGGUGGUGAUGUUAUCAAUAUGACAACAGUUCCUGAGGUUGUACUUGCAAGGGAACUUGGCUUGCUUUAUGCUGCUGUUGCUAUGGCCACUGACUAUGACUGCUGGAGAGAGGGUGAGGAGGUGGUCAGUGUGGAGAAGGUCAUGAAAACUUUCAAAAUGAAUGCUGAAAAGGCAACUAAGGUUCUGAAGACUGUAGUUUCCAAGAUAGCAGCCAAAGACUGGACAGAGAAAAUUUCAGCAACCACAAGUGCAGUGAAGAGCAACAUAAUGCUUGCACAAUGAAUUAUAACGAGGAGAGAAGAGAACUGUCUGCCAGUACAAAUUCCUUGGCCAUAUGUUUGACAGAAAUUCCUAACUCAAAAUUAGCAGACAUUGAGAAACACAUCAAAGAAUUCUCUUUUUUUAUUGAGUUACGGAUGGAAAGUACUACAGGAGAUGGAAGAGCAAUAUUUGGAAAAUGAGUAAUACACAAUUUUUUUUUUUUUUUUUUACAGCACUGUUUUGUAGUUUGGCAAUGCUUUAUUAAUAGAGCAUGCUGAGUAAUACAGAGGUGACUUGUCAUGCUAUUCUAAAAUAACCAAAAAUUUGUAAUGAUAAAAAAUGAAAUAACUUGUUUAGCUUAUCCAUAGUCACACAUGUAUGCACGUCGGAUUUGUUGAAAAUCUAAUGUUAAUAUUGCAAUAUAUUUUUAGAAUAUCUUUAAAUGGAAAUUAUAGACCAGUAUUUUUUAAUAGGUUUUUGUUACAUUAUGAUGUUGACAAUUUGUUUUUAAUGAAAUUAUAAUGUAUAUCUUUAUAGAUUAUGCAGCCUGGAACUGCAUGCUCAGAUUGUUAUUUUGACUAGUAAAAAAUCCUAUAAUUGUU